AUGGCAAAUAACACUAAAACAGCAAUCCUUUCAGUAUAUGACAAAACAGGGUUAUUAGAUCUUGCCCGUGGAUUGAUCGAAAAUAAUGUCAGAAUACUUUCCUCUGGUGGUACAGCACGUAUGAUCCGUGAUGCAGGUUUCCCAGUUGAAGACGUCUCAUCCAUCACUCAUGCUCCAGAAAUGUUAGGCGGUAGAGUAAAAACUUUACAUCCAGCUGUUCAUGGUGGUAUCCUUGCUAGAGAUAUCGCUAGUGAUGAAAAGGAUUUGAUAGAACAAAAUAUUGAAAAAAUUGAUUUUGUUGUUUGUAAUUUAUACCCAUUUAAAGAAACCGUCUCUAAGGUUGGUGUCACUGUCCCAGAAGCUGUCGAGGAGAUCGAUAUCGGUGGUGUCACUUUAUUAAGAGCUGCUGCUAAAAACCAUGCAAGAGUCACCAUCCUAUCCGAUCCAAACGAUUAUUCCAUUUUUUUAAACGAAUUAUCCGCCAAUAAAUGUAUAUCCCAAGAAUUAAGAAACAAGUUUGCUUUGAAAGCUUUCGAACAUACAGCUGAGUAUGAUUCUACAAUUUCGGAUUAUUUCAGAAAACAAUAUUCAGAAGGUAAACAACAAAUUACUCUACGUUACGGUGCUAAUCCACAUCAGAAACCUGCUCAAGCUUAUGUUACCAAAGAGGAGGAAUUACCAUUCAAAGUUCUUUCUGGUUCUCCAGGUUAUAUUAAUCUGUUAGAUGCCUUGAAUUCAUGGCCUUUAGUUAAAGAAUUAUCAGCAACUUUGAACUUACCUGCUGCUGCUUCAUUUAAGCAUGUUUCACCAGCUGGUGCCGCUGUUGGAUUACCAUUAUCAGAUGUCGAAAAGCAAAUUUAUUUCGUUAAUGAUAUCGAAAAUAUAUCUCCAUUGGCUAAUGCUUACGCUAGAGCUCGUGGUGCUGACAGAAUGUCUUCUUUUGGUGAUUGGAUCGCUUUAUCUAACAUUGUUGAUACUCCAACUGCCAAGAUAAUUUCAAGAGAAGUCUCUGAUGGUAUUAUUGCCCCAGGUUAUGAACCAGAAGCGUUAGAGAUCUUAAAGAAGAAGAAAGGUGGCAAAUAUUGUAUAUUACAAGUGGAUCCAAAUUUUAUUCCUGAUACAGUGGAAAAGAGACAAGUAUUUGGUGUCACUUUGGAACAAAAGAGAAACGAUGCUAUUAUCAAUACUUCUACAUUUAAUGAAAUUGUAUCUAAAAAUAAAGAUUUAACUGAACAAGCAAUUAUUGAUUUAACAGUUGCAACAAUUGCAUUAAAAUUUACACAAUCUAAUUCUGUUUGCUAUGCUAAGAAUGGUAUGAUUAUUGGGUUAGGCGCUGGUCAACAAUCAAGAAUACAUUGUACCAGGUUGGCAGGUGAAAAAGCUGAUAAUUGGUGGUUCAGACAACAUCCAAAAGUCCUUGAAUUCCAAUGGGCUAAAGGUGUUAAAAGACCUGAAAAAUCCAACGCCAUUGACCUAUUUGUAACGGGACAAAUUCCAACUGAAGAACCUGAAAAAUCCGAAUAUGAAUCUAAAUUUGCUGUUGUGCCUACUCCAUUGACUCCAGGGGAAAGAAAGGAAUGGCUAAAUAGAUUAGGAAAUGUCUCAUUAUCAUCUGAUGCGUUCUUCCCAUUCCCUGAUAAUGUUUAUAGAGCAGUUAGAUCGGGUGUUAAAUAUAUUGCGGCACCAUCUGGUUCAGUAAUGGAUAAAGUUGUCUUUGCUGCAGCUGAUUCAUUUGAUUUGGUGUAUAUCGAGAAUCCAAUUCGUUUGUUCCAUCAUUGA